AUGGCUUCUCUGCCUCAAUCCAAAGCUUACAUUCUUAUCUUCUUCUUCUUGUACUUCACCAUCAUUGCUCACGCUAUUGUUCCUCAAAAUGAGACCUUCAAAUUCGAGAACUCGGGUGAAUUUGGACCCUACAUUACCGAGUAUGAUGCUAGUUACCGGAUGCAAAACCUUUUCAGCUCUCCGUUCCAACUUGCAUUCUAUAACACCACCCCAAAUGCCUUCACUCUAGCUUUGCGCAUGGGACUUCGACGUUCGGAGCAACUUUUUCGUUGGGUGUGGGAGGCCAAUAGAGGCAACCCAGUUGGAGAGAAUGCCACUUUUUCUCUUGGAACUGAUGGCAACCUUGUGUUGGCUGAAGCUGAUGGUAGAAUCGCUUGGCAAACCAACACUGCCAACAAGGGUGUUGUGGCCUUGAAGUUGCUUUCAAAUGGUAACAUGGUCCUCCUUGAUGCACAAGGAAAGUUCGUUUGGCAGAGUUUUGACCACCCCACAGAUACCCUUUUGAUUGAUCAGUAUCUUAGACCAAAAGGGCCAUCCAAGUUGGUUAGUAGGCUUUCAGAGAGGGAUAAUGUAGAUGGUCCUUAUAGUUUGGUUUUGGAGCCUAAAAGGUUGGCCUUGUACUACAAGAGCAAGAAUUCUCCUAAACCAAUUCUUUAUUGGUAUAGGCUCUUCACUCGACAAGGUUCAGUGGAGAAUAUCACUCUCAUAUCUGAUCCAGACACUUUUGAAAUCGAAUUUCUUUCCUAUAUGGCUGGCUCUUCCGCCAGUGAAUACAGAACCAUGGCACAACCAUUAAACAACAUUCCCGUUGGGGUGAUGGGAAUGCCAGUGAACAACAGUACCUUGACAUACCUUAGGCUUGGAAUUGAUGGCAACAUUAGGCUGCACACUUACUUCCUUGGUGUGCGUUCUGGGGCAUGGCAAGUGACCUACACUCUCUUUGACAGAGAUUCUUAUGAUGAGAGUGAGUGUCAAUGGCCUGAGAAAUGUGGGAAUCUUGGGCUAUGUCAGAAUGAGCAAUGUGUGGCUUGUCCAUUGGAAAAUGGGCUAUUUGGAUGGAGCAGCAAUUGCACUGCCAAGCCUGUGACAUCUUGCAAAGCAAGUGAUUUCCACUACUACAAAGUUGAAGGAGUUAGACAUUACAUGAGCAAAUACAGUGAGGGGGAUAAAGUGAGUGAGAGUACUUGUGGAAACAAAUGCACCAAGGAUUGCAAGUGUGUUGGCUAUUUUUACCACAGGGAGAACUCUAGGUGUUGGAUAGCUUAUGAUUUGCAAACCCUUACUAAAGUGGCAAAUUCCAAACAAGUGGGAUUUAUUAAGGUGCCUAAUUUGUAA